GUCUGCCUUGCGAGCCUCGGCCAUCGCGCUCGCAAUCGGUCUUGGGAGACACCGACGUCCGCUUUGUCUGGCAUGUGAAGCAGCAGUCGAGGCAGCGAUGAAAGCGCACAAAGAGCAGAAUUGCGUUGCCUGAUCAGACGUGCCGAGGACGAUCAAAAGCAACACCUCUCUCUAUUGGGACGACAAGUCUGUUGCGGGGCUUUCCAGACGCCCACACUGGGCUACGAUCAUCGCCCACCCAAUUUCCAAGCCACGCUGGAACGAGCCGUGUACUAUAUGCUGGGUGCUGGCAACAGCCGGCGCGCCAGACGAUGUCAUUGAUAUUCAGGCCUUAAGACGACGACACCUCUGCUCAUAUUUUGCGUAAGGACUGCCACUUCUCAUCGAACACACUCGCCUUCAGUAUGGUUGCAGGCGUACCUCCGUCGUUAAUCCGUCUGGGGAUCAACGUGCUCGUGUCUUUCACAAUUGUCAAGACAUUCCCUCAAUACCUGCCCGAACAUGCCCUUCUUUAUGUCUUCUUACGACUUCUCGGUGUCCAGCUCGUCUUGGUCGCGAUAUGGAAAGUCGCCAUUUACCCGUUCUUUGUUUCUCCGCUCAGACAUCUGCCCGGUCCAGGUCUGAAGGGCUCUAUUCCACUUCUCGGACAUGGCUUGACAAUCCUGGAGCGACCAGCUGGCACAAGUGCCCUCAAAUGGAUGAAGACAAUUCCCAAUGAGGGCCUCAUCCACUUCCGUGGCUUUUUCUACGCAGAUCGCGUUGUGGUCGUCAGCCCGAAAGCACUGCAGGAGAUUUUGGUCACCAAGGCUUAUGAAUUUGAGAAGCCUGCGCCACUGCGUAACUUCCUCCGAUUCAUCCUUGGAGAUGGCUUGAUCAUCGUCGAAGGAGACUCGCACAAGUUUCUGCGCAAGAACCUCAUGCCAGUCUUCAGCUUCCGACACAUUAAAGAACUGUACCCAAUCUUUUGGAGCAAGUCAGUUCAGAUGAUGCGAGGCAUCUCUCAGCAGGUCGCAGAGAGCCCAGAGUCUGCCGAUAGCAAGACCUCAGUCGUUGAGAUCAAUCACUGGGCAACCAAAGUUACAGUGGAUAUCAUCGGUCUUGCAGCAAUGGGUCGCGACUUCCAAGCGCUGAAGAACAGCGACGACCCUCUUGUGCAAGUCUAUGAGGAAUUGCUCGAGCCAUCAAGAGAGAAGCAGUUAUUCUUUGUUGGACAAAUCCUCGGACCUGCGAAGCUCAUCCGAAGUCUCCCUAUCAACUUGAACAAACGCAGCAAUCACAUCAUCGAGACGCUGACCGACAUCUGCCUGAAGCUGAUCGCCGAGAAGAAGGAAAUGAUCAAGCACGAAUCCGAGAGCCAAAAGGACAUUUUGUCGCUUUGCAUCCGAUCCAACAAUUUCUCUGACCAUCAAUUGGUAGACCAACUUCUGACUUUCCUCGCCGCUGGACACGAAACGACAUCUUCAGCUUUGACCUGGACUGCCUAUCUCGUUGCCAAACACCCCGAGAUUCAAAAGGCCCUUCGUGAGGAAAUUCGAAACACAAUUCCCUCGCCAGACAAAGCCACCUCCGACGAAGAUCUGGCCACAAUUUUCGAAGCCGCUCCUCUUUUGAACGGAGUCUGCAACGAAGCCAUCCGCUUGUACCCUACUGUGCCCAUCACCAUCCGUACAAACCCCAAAGAUGCUGUGAUUUGCGGCCAACGAAUUCCCGCCAACACUCAACUCCUCCUGUCUCCAUGGGCUAUUAACCGCAACCCAGAAUCAUGGGGCCCCGAUGCCGAUGAAUUCACACCUUACCGAUGGAUCGACACAGACGAGAAGACUGGCGAGCAGCGACCGAACAACUCGGGUGGAGCACCAAGCAACUACAACAUUCUAACAUUCUUGCACGGGCCAAGAAGUUGCAUUGGACAAGGUUUCGCGAAGGCUGAAUUGCGAUGCUUGGUUGCGGCGUUGGUGGGAAGUUUUGAAAUGACAUUGGAUCGCCCAGAUGAGGUUGUGAUUCCGCAUGGUGUUGUGACUACGAAGCCUAAGGAUGGUAUGCAUUUGAGAUUGAAUCCUGUAGGGCCAUGGUAGAUUGUUGUUGUGUAUGGCGAAAUGGAAAAUGUGGAGGAAUGAUACCCAUGAUUGGAAAUAUGCCUGAUAGGGCUGCGGCGGCAAUGUAACUAUGAUGGCA